AUGUGGAUGCUUAAUAAAUCAAUGUAUUUGAAAAAUACGCGGCGCGGCGCGGGCGGGGGCGGGGUGGGGGUGCGGGCGGGGACGGCGUGCGGCCGCUGCGAGGACGCCGUCGCUGCCGAAUGUGUGAUUAUUGUGUGUGCUCGUGCAAGUGGACAAUGGGAUGCUUGCACCCAGGAGGAAAGGAAGCACUUGCCGUUCCAGACAGAGAGAGAGAACUGCAAAAAGGCGGUGUGUCAUGGAAUGCAUGACAUCUGGUUUAAACUUGUAGGAUAA